AUGCAAGCACUACCCCAAUACUCCAGAUGUUAUGAACCAAAGCCCGAUCCCUGUGCCGACAAACCCGUAUUCCUGCGCAGUGAUCUCAAUGAGAAAUUGGAAACUUAUUUCCUGGAGAUGAUUGUUUGCGCCUGUAAGUCCUAUGACGACGACUAUGACCUAGCUUGCGCUAUAAAGCAAAGCCUGGACAAAAAGUUUGGCCCACAAUGGCAUGUGAUUGUGGGAGAAACGUUUGGCAGGUGA